GGGAGACGUCGCUCCACACACGCCGAGCCCUCAGGUAGUCGUCUCUGUCGCCUCGGGCCCGUCUUUGGCUUGUUCGUCGUCUCCAGCAGACGCUCAAAUCACAGUGUUUCCACACGGGCCUGCCCUGAGCCCAGACGAGCUCCGAAGCUUCUCUUUAAAGAUUUCUUCAGUUCAUCACACCAGCAGCAACCAGUUUGGGUCCCACGACUGACUGACAUAUAAGCAACAAAUAUGGACUCUGCAGGAACCACCCUUCUAGACAGUUCUCUCAACGAUGAGGUGUCCUCAGCAGACGUCAAGCUGGCAGCCGUAGCAGGAAAGAAGGGCAAGAAGGCUGAGGAGGAGGAGCAGCCUGCAGCACCUGCAGCAGCAGCAGCAGCACCAGCAGCAGCAGCAGCAGCAGCAGCAGCAGCAACAACAGCCCCACCAGCAGCAGGGGCAGGAGCAGCAGAGGAGGAGGAAGAGGAGGAGUAUGUGGUGGAGAAGGUUCUGGACCGCAGAGUGGUGAAGGGCAAAGCGGAGUUUCUGCUGAAAUGGAAGGGAUUCUCAGAUGAGGACAAUACAUGGGAGCCGGAGGAGAACUUGGACUGUCCCGACCUCAUCGCAGAGUACAUGCAGAAACACAAAGAGAAAGAGGAGAAGAAGAAGGAGAACAAGAGGAAAGCAGUCAGCGAGGCCUCGGGAGACACAGAGGAACGAGGAAGCAAGAAGAAGAAGGAGGAGGGUGAGAAGGCCAGAGGUUUUGGCAGAGGACUGCAGCCCGAGAGAAUUAUUGGAGCGACAGAUUCGAGCGGAGAGCUGAUGUUCCUCAUGAAGUGGAAGAACUCCGACGAGGCCGACCUCGUCCCAGCCAAGGAAGCAAACGUCAAAUGUCCCCAGGUGGUGAUUUCUUUCUACGAGGAGCGCCUCACAUGGCACUCCUACCCCACAGAAGAGGAGGAAAAGAAGGAGGAGGACAAAAAGGACUAGAUGAAUAGAAGAUGAGGAAAUGCAAAAAGAGGAAAAGAAAGGAAGUGUGAAGGUGCAGGGCAGGAAACCAACUACAUAUCGGUGAACUGUUGUACAGGUUAGUCGACUCUAGCAGCUGCUUUGGCAGUGAAACAUGCCAACGUAGCUGAGAGAGGGGGAAAAAAGAAGUUUGUUUUCCUGCCCUGCAAGGAUUCCUCAAAAGUGGCUCCCACCUGUAUCUUGACCGAAAGUGUAAAUUCUUUGAAAGAAAUGUGUGUUUUUCCCUCACCGAGAACGUGUGACUUGAUGGGAAUUGGUGCCUUUGUUCUAAUACAGUUCCUGCUGGUUGAUGUGACCAGAAAAGUGUUUGUUUCCUACAUAAGGAGACAAACUCCAGAUGCUAAAAGCAGUCUGUCUCGUCUUUAAGGUAUAAAUCUAUGUGAGAAGCAUGUUUCUGUCCUUAAAGACGGCCGAUCAGAGGGACAGUACAGACUUCCAUUCCUGCUUCGUCGAGAUACAUAGGUGGGAACUUCUUUUGAAGGGGGUGGAGUGGGGCGAGGUAUUAAGGAGAGAUGAAAGAAUGGACAGAAACCAUUCGUCUCUUUCAGUAUCUGUUCUUCGUGACACCUGGUUUCUCAUUAUUGCUGACAUAACACUGUUCAUCUGAAACUCCAACAACCAAAUGACAACUUUUCACUCUGAUGUGGACAGUGAUGGGAUGCGGUCUGCAUGAAGACACCAGCGGUUAGGGUCCUCACAUGUCCUACCAGCCACCGUGGCACACAGUUCUCAAUAUGAAAAAACAUUAGUCAAUGAAUGUAUUUCCACAUGAACUCUAUUAUCAGGCAGAUUCCUUCUGAACAUCUGGUAUGUGGUUUUAGGCAGUUUUAGUACAAGUAAACUGGAGUUAAUGUCUCUUUUUAUUGUUGAAGGGUUCAUCAAACAAUUCUUUCUGUAAAGUGGCAUAUGAAUUCAUGCCUUUCAAAUCAAAAUCAUGAUGUGGGACGAUGCAGACGGCAAACUGUAAGGUGUAUAUAAGUUAGUAUAUUUGUUCCACAGCGGGCCUGAACCUGUUAGAACGGAUGUCGAUGGUUUUGCUAGUUUCUGCCGUCCUCGUGUGACACAUCUCCUUCUGAUUUCAUCUUUUGAUAAUUCUCAGUCGUGUUCUAAAUAUAUUAAAUGUUGAAUAUUGACCUGUAUUUACCCACAAGUUGUACCAAAUUGAACAAAAGUUGACUGCUAGUGUAGCAUGGGCAGUGUUGGGUAAAGACCAGAGGCAUUUAUUGAAGUGUUGGCUGUCGUUUGUACAUUUAUCUCCUACUGACUAACGAGCUUGUUUGGCUGAUGAUGAAUUGUAGGGUUCUUGUCCGUUCUGCUGCCACUUGGCUGGUAGGUGGCGCUGAGGGUUCCUGACUUGGUGUGUCUGUAGGUCCUUGUUCUGAAACACAGCUGGGUCUCACUGCUGACGGGUGACAGUACGUCCAAUCGUCCUCAUUUCACUCUGUUUUAAGACUUCACACACUGCCACGUGUGUUUUCUAGACUAUUAUUUUAGCUUGCACUGCCCGGGCGACACUCAAGACAGGAGUAUUUCUUGGUUCCUGUUGCUUGUGGAGCGUUCUCUGUUCAACAUACGUUUUGAUAUUGUAACGAGUCAGAUUGGUUCAUGUGAGGAGGGUUUCUCUGGUGUUUUCUCUGCAGCCUCAUGUCUCCCAGCAUCUUUCUGUGUUGAAUGUAGCCCGGCUGUGUGUAUUCCUCCGUAUACUGUAAUAAAGUUAGCCUAGUAGCUUCUUCUGUUAGCACACCUGGAUCAGCUAGUUUAAAUCUCCCUUCUCUUACAGGUUUAUAUUUUAGGUGGCCUUGUUGUUUGACAUUUAAUGAGAACCAAACCUGAAAUAGAUCCAAUCCAUUCAUUUCCAGCUUCUUCUUCUAAUGCCAUAAACUGAGAACAACCCUGGCAUGUAAAAUUUUAACUAUUUUUCUGAUGGUAUUUUGAUCAUUGUGAUCAUUUCAUGAGCCUUAACCCUUACUGACUUAUUGUAAACUCAUACAAACUCUGCAAGUUGCAUGAAAAGUGUAAAAACAAGCGACCAGAUUGUGUAUGCAUAUCAGAAUUCUUACCCAAGUACCUCACACAAAUAGAACUAUGUUGGCUCAGCUUUUAAAUAGUUUCUAGCAUUUUAAGUCAAGCCUUUGAGUCUAAGCUAUUUUUGCCUAAGUUGGUGCUGCUGUAGUUCCUGAAUCUGUUCUUCUGCUGGUCUGAUUUCUUCAGUAUUAUAGCUCAGAAAGUGAUUGAACUAGCUGCACCCAGGUCUGCUACUUAGCUUUUCUAUCUCGUCUUGGAAACUUUUCUCUGUAUUUAGCUGAUUAGCUGGUGUUGUCUUGUUGCAUGUUUAUUGGUUUCCCUUGCAAUGUUACUGUCAUAGCUGAUCUACUUUUAAUUGUCUGUUUUGGACAAUAAAGGUUUUUGUUUUCAUAACA